GGGUAACGUCCAUGGACAAAUCCCCGCUGUUGGAAGUAGUACUAGUGGUCCUAUAAAACAUCCAUCAGAUGAAACUGCAAGUAAUAAAUCAUAUAAAACAACUACUACACCAAUGACAAAAUCACAUCAUAAACAAUUAACACAGAAUCAUCCAACAAAUCCACAUUCAUCUGGGCAUCAUACUACACCGAAACAGAAUCCAACUACUACUACUAUUAAUAGUAAUAUUGUGAAUGGAAGUGUUAAUCCAAUGUCUAGUACAAUGUUACCACCAACAAAAUCAUCAGAACACGAGACAACAACAACAAUCGUUCAACUACAAGAAACAAUUGCUCAUUUAAAAUCUGUUAUUCGAGCAAAAGAUCAAAGAAUACAAGAACUUGAAAGAGAUAAAGAUAAACUACGUUCUGUGUUGCAUCAGCAAUUGACAAAUAGUUGGGAAGAAUCAAAUCUCUCACCGUCAGCUGAUAAUUCGAAAGUUACUCGUGAAGAUCUUUUACCUAUUAGUGAAGAUGCAUCAACCGAAACUGCUACUUCUACUUCUGCUACCGCUGCUGCUCCUACGACCAAUACCACUACUACUACUAUUACCAUUUCAGCUAAUGCUACUACGGUUACUGCUGAUACUGGUGAUCAUAAUAAUAAAAAAGAUCAAGAUGAAUCACACAGUCCUUCUUCAUCGACUUCAUCAUCUACUGCAGCUGGAUCACCAUCACUGCCUAAUACUGAGGUGACUACACCACCACCUGCAGCUGCAAUAUUACUACGUAAACGUUUAGGUGUAUCUGGUGAAUCAAUGAAAUGUGCUCAAGAAUUAGUUUAUCAUGAUAAAGAUGCACAUUCACGUCGACAAAUACGUGAAGCAUUAAGAAGUAAUGAUUUAAUCAAGAAUUUAGAUGCUGUCCAACUACAAGAAGUUGUUUCAUGCAUGCAUGAACAAACAGUUGCCGCCAAUUGUUAUAUUAUUCGUGAAGGGGAUGAUGGUGGACAUUUAUAUGUUGGUGCAGAGGGUGAAUUUGAAGUUUCAAAAGGCGGUAAACGUUUGUAUGUUAUGGGAGCUGGUCGGUGUUUUGGUGAAUUGGCACUUUUAUACAAUUGUAAACGUACAGCAUCUGUAAAAGCUGUCACUGCUGCACGUGUAUGGGUGUUGGAAAGAGCCUGUUUUCAAACGAUUAUGAUGAAAACUGGUCUGGAGCGUAUUGAAGAACGUAAAGCAUUUCUUCGAAGUGUCCCACUGCUUAAAGAUUUAUCACCGAAUCGUAUACUACGUAUAGCCGAUGCAUUAGAAGCCCAAUAUCAUUCAGCUGGAGAUUGUAUAAUUCGACAAGGUGAACUGGCAGACAGCUUCUUCCUUAUUCAAUCUGGAAAGGUUAGAGUUACUAUAUCUUCAUCACAAAGUGGUCCUAUGGAAAAUAAAGAAACUGAAAUAAGACAAUUAGUCAAAGGUGAAUAUUUCGGUGAAAAAGCUUUACUCGGUGAAGGUCGACGAACAGCUAACGUGUAUGCUGUUGGUCCUGGUGGUGUAGAAGUAUUAUGCUUAUAUAGAAAGGACUUCUUAGAAUUGAUUGGUGAUAUACAAGAAUUGAAAAACAAGGAAUACGCUGAUGAAGAAACACGUCUACUUAGUCAUGGGUCAUUAUCGAAAAAUUUAUCCUCUGGUUCAGAUAUAAAAGAUUCAACCAAAAUGUUGGAUUUAGCUUCGACAACAAAAAGUCAAGAUGGAUUACAUGCAACCACAGGGAAAUCAUUACUGCCAGCAAGUUUAGCACUUACACCCAAGAUACAAUGUAAUAUACAAUUAAAAGAUUUAGAACGUAUAUGCGUAUUGGGUGUUGGCGGUUUUGGUCGAGUAGAUUUGGUGACAUUAGCCCAUGACAGAACUCAAGCCUUCGCUCUGAAACGCUUACAAAAAGCGCAUAUUGUACAGACACGACAACAAGAGCAUGUUUAUUGUGAAAAGCUUAUUCUCUUAUCAGUUUCAUCACCGUUUAUUUGUCGAUUGUACAACACAUAUCGAGAUAAUAAAUAUGUGUAUAUGCUGUUGGAAGCGUGUUUAGGCGGUGAAUUAUGGACUAUAUUACGUGAUAGUCAUCAUCUUGAAGAGCGUACUGCAAGAUUUUGUAUGGCAUGUUGUAUUGAAGCGCUAGAUUAUCUACAUCGUCAUGGAAUUGUAUAUCGUGAUUUAAAACCAGAGAAUAUGCUUGUCACAGCGAAAGGUUAUAUAAAAUUAUGUGAUUUUGGAUUUGCAAAAUAUAUUGGAAUUGGUCAAAAAACUUGGACUUUCUGUGGUACACCAGAAUAUGUUGCUCCGGAAGUUAUUCUUAAUCAAGGCCAUGAUUUUGCUGCAGACUAUUGGUCAUUGGGUAUUUUAACAUUUGAAUUAUUAACUGGAGCACCUCCAUUUCAAGCUUCUGAACCAAUUAAAAUCUAUAUGAAAACUUUAAAGGGGAUAGAUGCUUUAGGCUUAGCACAAAAUAAAUAUAUCAGUUUGAAAGCCUUACAGUUUAUUCGACGAUUAUGUCGAUUUAAUCCAUCUGAAAGACUCGGCGUCGGUAAAUAUGGAAUACAAGAGAUACGUAGUCAUAAAAUCCAGGAUAAAGCGCAUUUCGUCGUAUUUGGAGACUCGUCAUCUGGAUGUUAUUUGUUUAACUUUAUGCUGAGUGUUUGACGCCGUUAUAUACAAAUUCACUUCAAUCUAGAUAGUUAGUCUUAUACGAAUAGAUUUACUUGCUACCUCUGUCUGUGUCAUUCACCGAAAAUAACGAAUGACGUAUGAACUUGGUUUGGUCAUCAGAUGACUACGAUAAGGCAUUUUCUGAUGUGUUCCAUUAUGGAUAAAAUACAAUAUUUUCAAGGUUUCGAUUGGGCUGGUAUAGUAAAACAAACAUUGGCCACUCCAUUCAAAGUUAAGUUGAAUGGACCAUUAGAUCAUUCAAAUUUUGAUCGUUUCACAAUGGAUGAACAAGAAGCACCAGAUGAAUUAUCCGGAUGGGAUGCCAACUUUUAGUGGACUGACAGUGUCUGUUUGUGCGUGUGUUCGUUGCAUGUGUGUGUGUGUGCGCACGUUUCUUACCUUACUCUCUUCAACAAUACACACCUGUUUACUUACAUGAGUAUAUAUACAGAGAUAGAUAUUCUGAGAAAGUGGGAUGAUUCGUUUUUUCUCUUUUCUUUGUCUUUAAACCUAAACGAUUGUGGUGUACUACUGUUUGCCUUUGAGUAUACAAAUUGUAGUGUAGUAGAAAAUUUGUUGAUGAAAUGUAUUUUCUACAUUCAUCUGUGUGUGCUUGCGUGUGUGCGUGUGUGUAUUCGGAUCCAUCUGUUUCCCGUUGACAUUGCUCCUACUGCUGCCAAUGUUAUUGUUAUUGUCAUUAUUUCCUCUCUAUUGUUUCUUACGAUAUCAUAUAUAAAAAUGGUCUGUAUUAUAUUUGCUCCUGUUAUGUGUUUGUUUAUUUUUGUCUGUGUGUGUGUGUGAGUGCGUGCGUGCGUGCGUAUGUUCACUACGUGUAGAGAAAACCUGAGGAAUGUGUCUUAUAUUCAUCAAUUUGUUGUUUUCUCCCUGAUGAAUUACUCCUGUGUGUGUAGGCAGGUAGGUGUCAUACACACAUUGUCACUUGAAAUUAUAUAUAUCAAAACACGCUCCUGCCCCAUCUCUCUCUCUCUCUCUCUGCCACCCUCUCAACACACACUCUUUCCCUAUACACACACUUAAACGCAACUUGAAUUGUUUGAUAAAAGAGAUUAUGCCCCCCCCCGCCCCCACCAACGCAUACACACACCUCCUUUCUGUCUCUAUUUGUGUUUAUUUUGCCUUAUUUUACCUACCCUUAGAAGUAAGUGAAACUAUCUUCUGUCUAUCAGUGAAGUACAGGAGUAUAUAUGUACUAAAACAGAGAGAGAGAGAGUAUAGAACACAAAGUCGAAAGUGAGAGAGUAAAUCCUUCGAAGGUAUCCUACCUAUUAUUAUCAUUAUCAUUACAUAACCAUUUUUCCAUCUGUCUUCAUUUAUCUUCAUGUUGAUUUUCGUCUUAUAAUUUGUGUUCUUUUUCUUUAUAUAUAUAUAUAUAUAUAUAUAUAUAUAU